UCAUAGAGUGUCUGGAGCGGUUAUACGCACUGGUCAAAAUGCUGUCUCUGUGUUUGGUUAUCGGCUUGAUGUUCGCGGGCUUGACGCUCGGUCCGGUCAAAGCGACCACACCGGCCCCGUUCACGAUGUGUGAAUAUAAAGGAGCUUACUACAGUCUAGGGCAACAAUGGCAAGAUGGCCCCUGUGACCAAUGCUACUGUAUGUCCAUAGCCGCCAAUGUGUCCAUUUGUCAAAAGUCCUGUCCCACGUUCACGUUUAUGCCAAGUCAGUGUAAAGCGGUGACACCGGCGGGAAAGUGCUGCCCAGAAGUCUCGUGUGAAUCCUCCAAGAAAUGUGUGUAUAAAGGCAAAUUCUACAACGAAAACCAGACUUGGAAUGAUGGGUGCGAUGCCGUCUGCACAUGCGUAAGUGCGUCGACGCGCCUUGUCCAAUGUAGAACCAGGUGUCCGCAGUUCACAGGAAUUCCCGCCGGCUGUAACCUGGUUCCUCCCGUCGCUGGAGAAUGCUGUUCCUCCAUCCACUGUGACGGUAACCCCGUGGGGUGAGCAAGCUGUAAAACAUCUGCUAUGCUGCAGUAUAUGGAAAUAAAGUGUAUUGUAAACCUCUCAGAAAAGUGUAAAA